UCCCGGCAUUUCCUUUCAACUGCAGACAAGCAAUUAUCGAUUCGUCUUGUCUUCACUCUAGCUGUUUCUCAUUUUGUACUUUUUUUUAUUGCGUACAGAGCUAUGGCUGAGUUCAAAGUCAUUACGACCAGUAGCGAUGUUCCUGUGGGGUGGCGAUUGGCGACGCAUGAGGAAGUAGAAGGUUAUGAGGAAAAGGUUGUGGGCUUACUUGGCGACAUAGAUGUAUGGGCCAUCGCUAAGCUUGCAGACGGAUGGAAAAUUUCCGGUUCGGGGUAUAAUAACCAAAUUCAGAAAUGUGCAGAUCCUUCCGAAGAGAUGGGCCAUCGAGUGAUCAUCAAUAUGAACAAAUCUUUCAAAAUCACUAGAGUCCAAGAUGAGAUUCCUGGUGGGUGGAGGUUGGCGACUUACAUGGAGGUGAAGGAUAAUAUGAGAAGUGUUAUAGAUUUACUUGACGAAUGGACCAUCGCCAAGCUUCAAGAUGGGUGGCAAGUUGCCGGUGGAGGAUAUGGCAACAAAGUUGAGAAAUAUGAUGAUCCCAACAAAAAUUUCGGGGACCAGUUGCUUACCAACGUGAUGAAGAAAGAAUUUAAAGUCACUAAAGUCGAAUAUGGGAUGCCUGGUGGCAUGAGGUUGGCGACUUACUGGGAAGUAAAGGAUUCUAUGAAAGAUGUUACUGAUUUGCUUGAUGAAUGGACCAUCGCCAAACUUCAAGAUGGGUGGCAAGUUGUCGGUGGAGGAUAUGGCAACAAACUUGAGAAAAAUGAUGAUCCCAACAGAAAGUUUGGAGACCAGGUGAUCACCUUAAUCAGGCCAGUGAAGGAUGUUCGUGUUGUUGGAAUCGCAGAGGGCAUCACACGGGAUUGGAGUUGGGCGACGAAAUCACAGGUCGAAAGCGUAAAGGGAGAUGUAGAAAAAUUACUCGGAGAAUGGUCUAUUGCAAAGCUCCUAGAUGGAUGGAAAAUUGAUGGUAAAGGAUACGACUAUAAGAUCACCAAGUGUGAUUCUGAUGAGGGUAUUACGGAAAUGGUUAUUGUACAAGAAUCCUUCUAGAAAAUAACGAUAUUAGCAAUUCUGGAUUAGGGGUGGAGGCAAACUUUCCAGCCAGACCACCCCCCCCCCUCAUUCUUGAAUUUCAUUAUUUCUGGAUUUUCAAGGAGUUUUGUCUUAUCAAGUAUAGGAAUGAAGAAAAAAAAGGAUGUUUAAGGAGGAUUAGGGACUCCAUAAAGAGGCUGAUCAAAUAAUCGGGAUACAUCUAACAUUUACAUGUUAGAAAAAUAUUAAUGUAUUUUUUUGAUAAAAUAUGUAUAUUUUGUUCACUUGGCUCAUACUCAAGAAAAUUAAGUAUCAAAAUAGGUAAACGCAGAAUUUCUUCCCUUUCAACUAACAAUGAAAACAAAGGGCUGUUUUGAUAACUUUAGCAUGUUUAGGACUGUAAUAUAGGAGUUGCUAGUGUUUAUUUAUGAUCGGUGUUGACAAUUUCAGGCCUAUUUCAAUACUGCCUUCUGUGUUAAAAAAAAUCCUUCAGAAAGCAGUACACGAUUGCAUUCGUAUUUUUAAGGGAUCGUCCAGGCUGGAAAUAUUUGUAUUUCGAUAAAUACAGUAAAAUUCACAAAGCAAAAUGCUGAAAAUUUGAUCAAAAUCGAAUAACAAAAUAACAAAGUUAUUGAAUUUUAAAGAUUUGCAUUAUUUCAGUGAAACAGUUUUAGGCAUGUCUUUAUGAAUAUUCAUUAGGUGGGCUGAUGAUGUCAUAUCACCACUUGUUCUUUUGUAUUUUAUUAUGUGAAAUUAGGUUUAAUCAACAAUUUUCUAUUAAGAACUAAUUGGAUUGACAACUAAUUAAAUGCAUUAGUCAUUCAUUGCCGCAACUUAUUUCAUCAUAAUGGAGACACAUCAUUUACACAAUGUAUGAAAAAAUGAAACAUAUAUGAUUUCAUGUAAUGACAUAAGAAAAAGGAAAGUGGGGAUGUGAUAUCAUCAGCCAACCUAAUUAAUAUUCAUGACGAUAUGCAUAUAACUGUUUUCACAAAAUAUUGAUAAACUUUAAAAUUCAAUAAUUUCGCUAUUUGUUAUCCGAUUUUGAUGAAAUUUUCAGCAUUUUGCUUUGUGAUUUUUUUUAUAUUUAUUUAGAUGUAAAUAUGUUCAGUGAUAUAAACAAGAUAGUAUAUUCAUCCACAAAAAAGCUUGGUCAUUUCUUUCGGCACAAAAGGAAAGUUGGAGAAUAACCAAUUCACGAUCAAAAUUAUAUAGUAACAACCUACCAUGUACUGAUGAAAUAAUAUAUCUAUAAGUGUUAUACUUGACUCACAACUGACGUGGUCUUAACAUAUCAAGUAUUAUUUCACGUACAAUGGGAUGUAUUCACCGCAUAAAGCAAUGCCUGAUAAAACUCUUGUAAAUUUAUAUUUUUGCCUUAAUUUUACCACAAAAUGAUUAUUGUUGCACUGCAUUGGGAAACUAAUCAAAAUAAUAAAUAUAAAGGUUACACUUCGUAAUUCCGAAGGUUCGUAAUUCCGAAGGUUCUUUAUUCCGAAGGUUCGUAAUUCUGAAACACGUAAAUUGCCUAUACCUCGAUGUUCGUUAAUCCGAAAACGAAAUAAGGUUCGUUGUUCCGAAGGUUCUUUAGUCCGAAAACGAAAUAAGGCUCGUUAAUAAUUUCGUUUUCGGACUAACGAACCUUCGGAAUAUCCAAGCCUUCGGAAUAACGAAGCUUCGGAAUUACGAAUGUAUGCGAAUAUAAAAGCCCUAAUUUAUUUCAAAUCGCUGAUUACUCGUCGCACAUUUUUAAAGCAUAGUGGGGACCGGUAUUGGGGACAAUAUUAAAGUAUAUAUAUAUAUAUAUUGCACCUGCAAUGCACUAAAUUUUAUCCUCGGCAUUUUAUUCCCAGAAAUUGAGUUCAAAAGAAGGUCCUUCUCUUAUAAAGCAAGCUCCCUAUUCAAUUAACCCCCUUUUUUCCUUUUCAAUCCAUCAAUUUUAUCAAUUCUUUCAACGAGAAUACCAAUUGUCCAAACAUUUAUUUUGACAUAAACUCUGGUAUUGCUUCCUCCAAUGUUUUUGUUUGUUUGUUUUAUGUUUAUUUUAUACAUUAUAACUUUUGUUUUACUUUAUGUUAAUUAUCAUUUGUAUUUAUGUAUAUAAUAUCAUGUUUAUGUUCUAAUAUAUUAUGUUUGUAAAAGUGGAAGGCUCCGUUGUAAAGCCGUUUUUUUAUUAACUAAACAGGACUACCAGGCACCUUAGUUUAUCAUAUAUAAUAAAGAAAACAUGAAUAAAUGAAUAAUAAAUGAUAACAAGAUUUUAGAAAACAGUUUUGCGCAUGCGUACAAGUGGGCCUGUAUAACAUGUAUAAUAUAUUGUCCUGGAAAUGCGUUUAUCCUUAAUUGUGAACAAAAGAUAGAAAUGUACUUUUAUUUAGAAUGGUUAUACGUUAAGUAAUUAUAGUAGAUUAAAUGAAAUAUAUUUAAAACGUGA